GGCCCACACACACAACAUUUGAUUAGGUAUAAUAAAUAGAGAGUCACGAGUACACACACACACCACGGACACACACCCACCCGUGCCAUGUGACGGGCAGGCAGGCAGGCAAUCAUUCAGAGAGGAGAGGGGCAGAGAGGGAGGGGAUCCAUGUAGGCGAGGUGCAUGGACGACACACCUAACGUACCUAUAUGGCAGCACAACGACAGAGACAGAGAGGCAGAGAGACAGACAGACAGACAUUCAGACAGACAGACAGACAAGAGAGAGAGAUCGAGAGAACGAGUCAGUUACAGGACUGCGCAGGCACCCGGACACCACACUCAGACACGCGGACAGACACAAGAAGACUACAGCCAGAGUCGACCCCACGCUCAAUGCAACAAGGGUGCCGCACAGCCGCCGACAUCACACCAGACCACAGAGACCACACAGACCAAAGACCAACCGACCGACGGAUUGAUGCUGCCAUAAAAGCAACUUCCCUCCCGCCCUCCGUCGCCACGCCAUUCCCCUUCAUCCGUCUCUGCCACACGCACACACAAGCGCGCGGCCCGAUCGGUACAUAAAGACCCUCCGUCCGUCCGACCAACCGACCAUGAAUGCAAUGCACUCAUGCAGCUCACUCACCUCCUCUCGGCCCGGUCUCACCGAGGUGUGUCCAGAACACGACCCUCUCUCUCACCCGAGCAACACCCCACGCCCGAAGGCAACGAGGAACACCGAAUGGAAUGGAUGGAUGGAUGGAUGGAUGGGCUGACCAAAGAUCCAGCCACCACAGACAGACAAGAAACAAAAUGACACGCGAGGAGGGUAGGGGAGAUACACGCGAGCAUAGAAGCGAUGGAUAGAUAGAUGCGGCAACGUCAAUCAACCAGGGUGGGUGAAAACGAUCGACGGCCAUGAUGGGAUGGGAUGGUUAGAUAUGAGUGUGCGUGCGCGUCUCGCACACCAAAAAGCAGCAUAGCAUGUACCCCACACCACAUCCGCCCAGACACACACACACUCACACUCACACCCGCACUCCCACAAAAGAGCCCUCACCUUCCACAUAUAAAGAUCGCUCCUCUCCCACCCACCGAGUCAGUCUGACCCAGUCAGUCAACACAUCACUGCCCCUACCCUACCCCACCCCACCCCUCCCUACUGACUUACACCCACACCACACACACGAGCACACAAAUCACUAAAGCUUGGGCCCUCUCUCUCUGUCCUUGUGGCUGUCCAGCUCGGUCACAUCCCGAAUGUCGAUCUCGCUCGUCUCGUCGGUGAAGAUCGUCAGGGCGAACUCGGCCUCCUGACCAGGCUCGAACGUCGACACCAGCAGCGUGUAGGUCCGGGGCGUCAGGUAGAACUCCCGCGACACCUCCCGCAGAGCGCAGUAGCAGUCGUGCUUGUUGACCAGGGCCUGGUAGUCCUCCCGGCUCUUGCGGACGCGCCGUGGUUUGGAGAAGGCGUAGAGCUCGAGGGCGAUGGGGUGGAGCUCCUUGGUGGUGCCGCGGGUGUCCUUCUGCGCCAGGACCACAUAGACGGUGGUGGGCUUCUUGACCGUGAUGACGUAGUGGGGGUUGCUCGUGACGCUCGUGUGGUUGGUGCUGCCCCCGGCAGUGAGGCCCUUGGUCCACGCCCCGUGGAAGACGUUCUUGCACCACUUGCCGUUGAGGCCGGUGGGGUCGUCGAACACCCGACAAAUGUACACGUCGUCGAACUGGUUGACAAAGUCCUCGAAGGACAUCCAGAAGAUGCCGUCGCCCGGCAGCGGCUCGUACUCGAGCAGCCGCUUGAGCCGCGUCGUCCACUGGUGCGAACCGUCGCUGAAGUCGCCCUUCCACUCCACACCCUCGCGGCCCCACGGGUUGCGCAGCUUGAUCAGCUUAUAGCGCUUGCCGCCACCGGCGUCCACCUCACGCACGUCCAGCACGGCGUACGCGUGGCCCUGCACGAUGCCCAGAGGCGAGACGUCCUGCGCCCAUGGGCUGCCGUCGCACCCGGUCCCUCCCGCAAUCUCGCCGCCGCCGGCGUCAUCGCCCCCCACCCCGGGGGAGCCCGCCCCGAUGAGGUAGCCGAGUCGGUGUGCGUCGACCAUCUUUUGCCAGUGGGUGCCGUCGAAGUUGGCCGUUGGUGAGAAGGUGCGUCUGAGGUUGAUGAUGUCCCCGAAGCCGCCCGUGAGGUCGACGAGGGCCAUGUGGACGAGGCCGCCCUCGAUGGAGCUGUAGGAGCCGUGGAGCUUGGCGUAGGCCUUCUCGAUGAGCAUCAUCCACGACUGCGGGCACCGGUGGUGGUCGCGGUCGUACCGCCACGCGGGCUUGGCGAACUUGGGGCACCUUGGGAGCCCGGUGCACUUGUAGACGGACCCGUCUGAGGCGAUGCUCGAGGGCACCAAGUCGUCGACGAUCACCGGCUUGACGCGCCCGUCCUUGUAGAACUGCAAGGCAUACACCUGCACACACACGAACAUGAUGACGAAGUCUGUGCUGUGCUUUGCUCAUGGAAUGUGUGUGUCUCACCCACCCCGUAGGGGCAGGUCCGUCUGGCCUCCGGGUGGAAGACACGCUCCAUGAGUGCAGGUCUGGUGGACAGGACCGAGAGGGCGGACAGGAACCAGCAGUCGCCGAGCUCGCCCUGGUUGAUCUCCUCAGCUAUGUCGAUGUCCUUGGCGCUGCCGAAGGUGCCGUCCUCGUUGUCGCACAGCAGGCACGUCCGCCGCUGGUAAACCUCCUCGGGCCGCAGCCACGACAGAUUCCGCACCCACGCUUGGAAACAGGGACCUGCACACAGACACACACACCCAUUUAAAGAUGCAGUCAUCUCAUCUCAUCUCGGUGCAUGUGUGUGUCUGUGAGGGUACCCACCCUGUCCGAGGCUCUCCUCGUUGGGCGGGAAGGCGUAGUCGGUGAAUUUGCGGUUGAGUUUUGAGCAGAGGGAGCGGACCUCCUUGAGGCGCUGGCUGACCAGCCGCUGCAGCUCGUUGAGCUUGUCCUUGCUCUCCGUGACACCCCGCUGGAACUGGCUCCAGUUGUUGAGGCGGUCGUCGACCUGCUUGCGCAACUCGAUGUCGUCAUCGGCGGCAGACUGCAUGGCCUCCAACUCCAGACCCACCUGCUCCAGGUUCCGCAGCACGCCCGACAGGUUGCCCUGCUUCCGCAGCCACGACGAUACCUUCCGCUCCGUCUCGUCGCUUGUGAUGCCCAGCCCGUCGACAUCCCCCAUCCCCCCCUCCCUCUCCAAUAGUUCACUCUCUGUCUCCUCCACUGCAAUGUGCCCUUGUCGCUGCUGUAGUGAGAGAGAGGGGGGCCCGUCCUUUCCCGGCUCCGACACACGCGUCGGGCUGUACGGCCGCCUCUCGCGGAUCACGUGCCUCUCGCGAGCACGGUCGCCCGAGGACAGCAGCCGACGCAUCUCAAGGUCAGUCAUCGACACCGACGGGUGCUGGAGCAGCCCACUCGACGUCACGUGAACCUCCGAGAAGCUCCCGUUGCCCGUCUGGAUGACCUCGGUCAGCACGCGUGUGGGUGGGGCCGGGAGGGGAGGGGUGGCGUCCAUCGUGCUGCUGGAGGGGAAGAAUCGCAGCACACCGGCGCUCUCGUGUGGGCGGAUGGGCGCAGGCACAGAUGGGUCGGGGAGGGAGGCUGCGUCCGACGAGUCGGCGAUGGAGACCGAGUCGCCCAGGGGCACCGACUGCAGCCAUUGGCCGCCGCUCUCGAAGGCUUCGAAGAGGUCCCUCUGGGCCUCACCAUGGAUGGCGUCUGUCUCCUCCCUCCUCGGCGCCUCGAUCUCGGGCAGCGGCGACAUGUCGCCCUUGACGUCCAGCUCGGCCAUGCUCUGCUCGGCGGUGCUCUUGACGCCGUCACCGGGCACCUCUCCCAUGUCGAAGUGGUCCACCUCAGAGCCGCGGGAGGACCAGAAGCUGGGUGCCAGGCCAAGGUAGACGUCGAGGCACCGCUCGAUGACCUCCUGGGCGAACACGGGCCCCUGAUCCUGGUCCGAGUCGUUCAUGAUGGCUAGGCUCUGCAGGAUGCCCGUGGCCAGGCUCUCGGUCUGCUGCUGCUCCUGCUCCUCCAGCUUCUCGCGCCUCCGCCUCUCCGCCUCGUAGUUGCGCUUGAACGAGUCCCGCUUGUAGUCCUCCAGCGCCCGGAGCCGCUGCACUGUCCCCUUGAGACGUCUAACGGUGUUGUCGUCGAGUGCGUCGAUCUCGUCAGGUCUGGCCGUGGCGUACUCGGGCCCGAGGGAGCGGUAGAGCCAGAGCAGCUGGUUCCUCUCCUGCUUGCGGGCCGCGACGGCCGUCGAGAUGACGUGCAUCUCGAAGUCGGUCCGCUCCGCCCGACAGACCUCGACGUGGUCGGUGAUGGACCGGUCCAGGUCGGCGAUCUUAAGGAGGUGCUCGUGCAGGUGGCUGAGGAACUCCUUGCGGGCCGGCCGCCCGCCGCCCUCCUCCAGCCGCACCCAACCCCACAGCCACCCCUGCCUCUCGAGAGACCGCCGCCGCUGGCCCAGCUUGCACAGCCAGUUCUCCUUGGGGUCGUCGCCGAUGACGGGCUCCAGCACGUCGACGCGCGAUGUGGCGACGGCCGGGACGGGCGUGAGGUUGAGGGGGGCGCCGAAGCGGGCGAGUUCGUUCUGGUGGAAGGUGGCCUUGGUCUUCUCGCCGAUCUCGCCUGUGUGCUGGCGCGUGAGGCGGCCGUUGACCUGGUUGUAGCACGAGCGAAUGAAGGACAGGCUGAGAGCCUGCACGUGCUGCCGGAGGGCCCGCUGGCCCAUCGUGGCGUAGUGGAGGACGAAUAUCAUGAAGAGGGGGAGGGAGAGGGACGAGACGAUGAGGCCCAGCCGCACCGGGUACACGAACAUGGCGGCCAGCAUGCCCCACAGCAGCAGCAUCAGGAAGGCCGCCAGCACCAGAUACGGCAGCUUGUAGGACGGCCGGACGGCACCCCGGUGCGGCUCGUACUUGUAGAUCGGCAUGAGGGUCGAGGGAAUCCACAAGGUCUUGUUCUUGAGGAUGGCGCGCUUCCACAGAUGGACAAUCGAGGCGAUGACGCACAGCAGGAGGAUCGAGUAGCCGCCCGAAAUCCAGCGGAAGACGUACCCCUUGUGGUAGUGCACCGUGGCGCCGACGGCACAGAUGAUGAGGACGAGGGCGAUCCAGCCGGCCAGCCCGCCCAGCACCCACUUGGGCAUGUAGAACCGGUUCUCCACCCACUUGCACAUGGCGAAGUACACGUACGCCAGGAACAGACACACAAGCAGCCCGCCCACACCCAGCGGCCACUUCUCUGAGAAGGCGAUCGCGGCGCCGAGCGAUACGGCGAUGAGCGAGAGGAGUGAGAUGUAGAUGGCGAAUGAGCUGAACAGGUUGGGCUGCCAGUUCUUGUCCUUCCAACGGGCCAGGGCGGCCGCAAACAGCACCACGGCGAAGUACAAGACCAGCACGAAGCUCAACGCCAUUAUCGCCCACGGCCUGCAUUGCAUCAUCAAAUCAACCAAGGGAGCGAGCGAAUGUGACGGUGAAGGUGGGUGCACUGCAUCCCCUCGCCCGGUAGUGUGUGGUGUGGUGGUGGCUCAGGUGGCCCACUUGUCCACAAUGUUGUCCCUCCUCUGAAUGACGAGCAUGGAGCAGAGGACGCCGAAGGCCACCUGGGCCAGGACAAGGACGGAAAUGCACAGCACCUGGAAGGGGCCGAUCUGCAGCUUGCCGAAGUAGCCCUUCCACCCCAGGAAGGUCCCGAACAGCUGGUGCAGCACAAACCCCGCCGUCCAUCCGAACCAGCUGGGCUUCUGGUAGAAGGACACGCCGAUGGCCAGGCACCACAGGAUGAUGUACGAGAUGGAGAAGCACCCGAGCGUCUUGUAGUCGGUCGCAGGGAGGUGGCAGCCCCCGCCCGCCAGGGGGCCGAAGAACGCCCGGAUGCAGUUGCAGUUUGCCGGGGUGCGCUCUGCGGGCGGCCUCAGGAUCUCGAACUGGUUCUCCACCCACUGCGCGUAGAAGAUGAGAAACGGCGGCACGCCAAGUGGGGCGAAGAUGGCGACCCAAAGGAUGAUGGGCUGGUGGGUGAGGGCCCACAGGAGGGCGCCCGCGCCGAUGAGCAUACAGUAGGAGAAGGAAAGUAGCGCGCCGAUUUGCUUGGUCAUCUUCAUGCGCUGCUGCCACUUGCGGAUGCCGAUGGCGGUGACCAUCCAGCAGGCCACCACCAGCAGCGACACGACGCCGUAGAGCAGCUGGUCCAUGUUGAGCAGCUUCGGCACCACACUCUCCUUGUCACUCAUAAGGGAACACACCUACACAGACACACAGACAGAAACACUCGAAUGCCCCUCACUACUUGGAUGUGGCGGCAUCCCAUUCCCUAUAUCGUGUGCUCACUUCACUUACCAGCAUCUCUAGUAUGAACAGUAUGGCGAGCCCCGACAGCAGCACCUCGGGCGAUCGGCACCCCUCCUGCUUGAGCGUCGAGCGCCAGUGUGCGAAGUAGCUGAGGUUCAUGGUCGCCAGCCGCGUCAUGCCCCGCAUCCGCCGUGGCGUAAUGCGCUCGCUCACAGCUGCCGACGCCGACUCGCCGGUUAACUCGCCCGGCGGUUCGUCGAUGACGACAUCCUCCAGCUCCAUGCUGUCCUCCUCGGCAUCGGCACACCCAUAGUCCUUCUGGCCACGCCCAUCCUCGACACGGGAGCCGGCCACGUUGACCUUUGAGAUGUACUCCUGCACCACCCUGAUGGUCUUCAUCUGCCGCCGGAACUGCUGCUCUCUGUCACCCACUGGCAGCCGCUUGCUCACGAUGGCCGUGGAGAGCAGGAUGCCCAGCGCAGCGAAGAUGGCGGCGUGGCCCACGAACCAGUAGUUGUAUGUGAUACAGAGGCCGCAGCGACAGGCCAGCAUGAGCAGACACAGCACGGCGGCGCUGUUGAAGCCGUCGCCGAGCGAGCGGGAGGAGAACAUGAUGACCAGGUCCAGCACCACGAUGAUGACCACCGAUGAGAAGCCGAUCAGCCGCGGACGGUCCGGGUCCUCGGGGUCGACAUUGGACUCCGACGUGCUGUUGUUGCUGCUUGCACCGAGUGCCGGGACGAGGGCGAGCGAGGUUGUGUCAGCGGCUAUGGUGCUGUUGUUGGGCACUCGGUCGGCGUCGUCCCGCCACAACUCGUAGAUAUACCUGAGAGACCGAGCAAGACACACACAGAUGCAUUCAAACGACGCUUUGUACGCCCCUCUCUCUCGGCGCUUUGCUCACUCAGGGAUCGUGCCCAUUUUGAGGAGGUAGACACAGACAGCAUGGCCCACGAGGAUGAGCACCGCCGAGCCAUACAGCCAGUAGAUGAGCUUCCGCGCCUGUCGCUGCCUCCUUGCGUCGACUGCCUCGACGGCCAUGUUGACGACCUCCGAGGGGUCGAUGUCAUCCUUGGUUGGCGUGUCGUCAGCCGUCAUGCCCCACAGGCCGGCCACCACGGUGCCCAUGCCCUUGAUGUGCGGCAGCGAGCGGGCCGACCGCCGGGUCCCUGAGGUCUUGCCGUCGGGGGCCUUGCUGGGAUUCGACGGCGGACUACCCUGUGGAAGGAGUGACAUCCAGAGACAGACAGGCAAGAUGAACAGACAGGCAAGAUGAGCAAAAUGCGUUUGUUGGAUGGGAUGGAGGCCAAUGCGAAUGAGUCGUGUGUGUGUGUGGUUACCGAUGCGUCGCUUCUGCUGGGGUCCGAUGUGGUGCCGCCGCUGGUGUGCUCCUCCCCAUGGCCGUCGCGGUGAUCCGUCACGGCCGGGCUCAGGCUCGAACGUCGCGUGGUGGUGGUGGUGUCGCCGAGAGUGAACCCAGCCGACUGCGGCGGCUCGGACGAGGUGUGCGGGUGGUGCAGCGUCAGGCGCCCCACGCCCAUGUCGCCCCCGUCCCUCUGCUGACGCAUCUUGAGCAGUUGCUGGUCCACCUCGGCGAUGAACUCGCCGAACGGCAGGUGGAGCUUCCAAAACGACGCGUACACGCAGAGCACCACCGGGACCAUGUUGAGGCUGUAGAAGACGAUGGCGAACCCGUUGAACGAGUAGAGGGGCUCGUCGCACCCCUCCUUCUCGUUGCGGGACACCACCAGCACCGCCAGCUGGAACACCAGCCACAGGCAGAAGGACAGAGCGAACAGGACUAUCACCGACGGGCUGAACGAGAAGUUGAGGGCCGCAAACCGCCGCAGCCCUCCCAGGAAUGCCAGGAAGCACAGGACGGUGAGGGGUAGGCCGAUGGCGACGAAGGCCGGGACGUCAUGCUGCAGCAGUCGCCACACCCACAAGACGAGAAAUAUGAGAGAGAGGGCCAUGAGCAUCGUCACGACGGCGUACAGCAGGGGCACCAGCCGGAGGAACCACAGGGGCGUUUCCUCCUUCUCCGCCUGUCUGGUCCUGGUCCUUGCCACCUCUGUGCUGCCGGCCGAGAGAGUGCGUCGCACGGCAUGGUAGAGUGAGAUUAGAAAGAGCGGGAUGCGCCUGACGUUCCACUGUGCCCGUUCGAGGACGCAGAUCAUCAGGACGAAGAGGACGCAUGCCGGCAGCAGCCAGGUGGCCGACUCCCGGCUCAGGGCGGGACGCCAUGCCGACGAGUUGCGAUAGGGAGGCGUGAACGACUGGAAGCACGCCGCGUCGAAUCCCAUCGCUGCCUGCCGUGCCCACCGCACUCAGUACGCAACGGACGCAAGCCGGGCGUCUGUCGAGGAGGGAGCCGUCAGGAAGAACAACAGGUCAUCGACCGACGCCGGACAGGUAACAGGUGAUCUGACUGCG